AUGUCCGACUUGCCUGAAGUGGACGUCAAAACCCUCAAAGUAGCUGAGCUGAAAGAGGAAUUAACUAAACGUGGUUUAGAAACAAAAGGGUUGAAAAAGGAUCUCGCAGAUCGGUUACAAGCUUUUCAAGAUGCUCCGGGGUCAUCGGUACCCCCUGAAGAAUCGGUUACAGAAGAUGAGGGUGUAGGAAGGACGAUGUUAGACGGGUAUCCUGAAAAUCCUUCAACGGAACAUCAUAUUCCACCAGCUCCAUCAAAAGAGGAUGUGAACACCGAACCUGCCGCACUGGAUGAAGAAGUAGCAAGAAUUGUAGCUCAAGAAGAAGCAAAAGAUGUGCUAUCACCCACACCAAGCCCACCUACUCGCCUUUCACCUUUACCUGCACCAACGGGCGAAGAGAAGAAAGAAGAAGAGAAAGAAGUCGGACGUGCAAUGGUUGAUGGAUAUCCUGAAAAUCCCGUUUCUGAACACCGCAAAUCCCCUGCAACUGAAGAUAAGAUAUUGGAGACGGAACCUGCCGCGUUCGAUAAGGAAGUUGCUGAAGUAAUAGCUAAAGAAGAAUCAAAAGAUGCUUUACCUCCAACUCCAAGCCCACCCAAACGGUUAUCACCUUUACCAGUUCAAGAUGAGGAAGAUAUGCAAAUUGAUGACGAAGAUGAUAAGGACCCUGAACACACUGAUCAACAGCCUGAAUCGAGUAAUAACAAAAGGCCAAGAUCUCCUUCCCCGUUACCAAACAAAACCAAACGAGCCAGAUUAUCGUUACCACCGUCUCUGUCGCAUAUCCACCAUCCACCAACAUCAGUGUUAUAUGUGACUAAUUUACGAAGACCGUUAUUGCAUUCGGCUCUACAUUCAUAUCUCAAUCCAUCCACCUCAUCAACAGCUCAUUUCCCUCCAGCCAGAAUGCCUUUCUCUUCAAACGAUUUCGAAGGAUUGUGGUUGAGCGGAGUGAAAGAUCAUGCUUAUGUCACUUACCCAAGUGUCGAAGAAGCGAUCAAGCUUGCUGAGAGAAUAGAUGGGAAGCAAUGGCCUGAAGAUACAGGUGAUGUACUGAAUAUCACAUUCAUACCAGAGGGGAAAUUGUUGGGUUUGGUCGAAAGAGAAGAAUUAGCUUGGUCAACAGGGAGACAAAAAUUGACUUUGAAUAUAAGUCAGUCUGAUGGUGAUGGUGGGGACUGGAAGUACGAACUGGUCGGAAGUGGUGGAUUAGGACGGACACCUGCGCCAAUUAUCAAAGGUGGUCAAGCAAGAGACGGUGUUCCAAUGGCUGUACCACUUACAGGAGGGCCAGGAGGUUCGAUACCUAGAGGACCUAGGAUAGCACCAUUGACAGGUGUAAAUGCUAUCGCUCCUGUGAGGGGUGAGAGAGGUAUGGGCAUUGGAAUCAGAGGGAGAGGAGGAAUACAUGUAGUACCUGGGACCAGAGCACUGGAAGGACGAGGACUCAGAGAUGAUAGAGAAAGAGAUCAGAGAGGCUUUAGAGAACUGAUGAAGAAUGGAACAGGAGAAAAUCUUAGAGGCUGGGCGGAUGAAAGAGACGCAACAAAGGAGAAAGAAAGGAAAGAAAGAGAGGUGUUGAAAAUGAGACCAACAAGGUACAGACCUAGAUUAUUCUGGAAAAAAGGUCCAGGAGCCUUACAGCCUCUAUCUGGGGAUGGCGGAAGAUAG